ACACUGUGCGUGAAAUGAAUUCGACCAAACCGCCGAGAACGAAGGGCGAUUAAUUCGGGAAAAAAAGCCACUGAAAUUUCUCUCAGGUGAAAAUGGGGGGAGGCACUCCUUACCCGCCGAAACCGGCCGCCGCCGCGCCGCCGCACCCGGAGGACGACGUCGCCGGAGAGCCCUUCAUCCGUCCCGGCGCCGGAGGAGUGGGCGUCGGGAUCGGCGGCGGCGGGGGGCUCCGGAAGAAGGCGGUGGGUGUUAGGGCUUGGCUGCAGCUGGACUCGACGGGCCAGGCGCAGGUCGUGGAGGUCGGAAAACACGCAAUCAUGAGGCGGACGGGGCUCCCGGCCCGAGAUCUCCGCAUACUCGACCCGCUACUGUCUUACCCGUCCACCGUGCUCGGCCGCGAGCGGGCCAUUGUUAUCAAUCUGGAGCACAUAAAGGCGAUUAUCACGGCGCAGGAGGUUCUCUUGCUCAAUUCUAGAGAUCCUUCGGUGAUUCCGUUUGUUGAUGAGCUUCAGAGGAGAAUCCUGCUUCACCAUCAGGCUGUCAAGUCUCAGGAAACUGGAGAUGGCGAAAAUGCAGACUGGAAAAACUUGUAUGAUUUAGAAGGUCCUCAAUCAGUUCCAACAAGCCCCCCAAAUUAUUCGAGAAAUUUUCCUGGCAAGGAAGAUGGAGGGAAAGUAGAAGGGAGAGAACAAUCUCCCGAGAAUCGAGAUGGCCCCAAGUUGCUGCCAUUUGAGUUUGUUGCAUUAGAGGCGUGUCUCGAGGCUGCAUGCAGUUGCUUGGAUAAUGAAGCAAGGACAUUGGAGCAAGAAGCUCAUCCAGCGUUGGAUAAGUUGACUUCAAAGAUCAGUACACUCAAUCUGGAACGCGUGAGGCAAAUUAAGAGUCGUCUGGUUGCUAUUACUGGUCGUGUUCAAAAGGUGAGGGAUGAGCUGGAGCACUUGCUUGAUGACGAUGAUGACAUGGCGGAAAUGUAUUUGACUGACAAACUGCAAGAACAGCUUGAGAACUCCUCUGUUUCUUCCCUGGAUGAGCCAGAGCAAGAUGUGUUGGACAAUGCAAACAUUGAUGACAGGACCCCUGCUGAAAUAUUGAUGGAAGGCAAUGAGCGUUUAGAUGUUCGGGAACAGUUGUUCGGUGGCCCUAAUGUCCUGAGCAGAGGCAGUCAUGGGACCCACACCAGUACGCACAGUGCCGUAAGCAAGCACCUUGAUGUAGAGGAGCUUGAGAUGCUCUUGGAAGCUUAUUUUGUUCAGAUUGAUGGUACACUCAACAAGCUGUCCACUCUUAGGGAGUACGUAGAUGACACUGAGGACUACAUCAACAUAAUGCUGGACGACAAGCAAAACCAUCUCCUGCAAAUGGGGGUCAUGCUGACGACAGCAACUCUAGUGGUGAGCGCUUUUGUGGUGGUGGCCGGGAUUUUCGGCAUGAAUAUCAGAAUCGAGCUCUUUCAGGACGAGUUGAAUGGAAUGACGAGGUUUCUGUGGACUGUGGGUGGUAGCACGGCUGGCACUCUUUUUCUGUACGUUAUUGCCAUUGCUUGGUGCAAGCACAGAAGAUUGCUCGAGUGAGUGCCCGAGCCUAUGUGUACUCGAUGAUUUCUCCAUGUAAAACUGGAAAUUUGCUGUGCAUAGAACAAAUUCAAAACAGUAUUUCGCCUUGUGAUAUUUAUGUGUAAGUUUGGAGUCGAUAUUAUUAUGUGAGAAUUUCCUACCAAACGAGUUGUGUUAUUAUUUAUAAUCAGCAAAAACAAAUCCCCGAACAAACUUGCAUCAGGAUAGAUAGAUUGAUAGACUCCUUCUUUAUGCAUUUCAUCAGGUGGGUCGAGUUUAGGGAUAAUGCCAUAAUGGCCUGUCUUGUUUAUUAAUAGCAGAAUGGCCCCAGAGGUUUUCGUUUAUAUCAUAUUGAUGGGCACAGUGUGUUGAUUGUAUGGCAUUGGGUAUGAUUAUGCAUGUAAGUCGUGUUAGAGUGGACCUUUGACCUUACCUAUCAAGUUGGAACUCAAUGAGAUGAGCCAUGUAAAAUGUUGUUAUGCUCAAAAUGAUUAUAAAGAAAUCGCA